AUGACAAUCGCUAUGACAACUACACAAAUAUUGAGGGGAUUUUCACAAAUUACGUACAUGCAAUACAAAAGCCUACCACCUGAAAUACAGGAUGAAUAUCUUGAUUGGGCUCAAGAACAAUGGGAAAAACAAUGGGCUCAACUUCAAUUCGAGCGUCAAGGCGGUGUUAGCGGAAUUGCCAAGAAAAAAGCUGAACAGGAAGUUCAAUGGCUUGAACGUGUUACUACUUGGUCAUAUUUACAUGCCUAUAUUCCUCGAAAUAGAUGUCGUAAGAGUUCGAGAGUUUAUUAUUCAAUGUAUAAUUCUGUAUCUUUGUGA